CCCGCGUGCCGCAUCCCGCGUCGUCUGCCGCCACCGCGCGCCUUCACUGACCCUCACCGCCGCCGCUGUCGCCGCCGCCGCGCUCGCUGGCUGGCCCAGUGCGGGCGGCGGGCUCCCGCCGGAGAAGACUGCCAGCGCCGCCGCCGCCGCCGCUUCGGCCCGGGCUCGGGCCCGGGCCCCGACCCCGUCCCGGGCCCCAGCGCCAGCCGCCCGCCCGAUCGGGCGAUGAAGUGUCACUAUGAGGCGCUGGGGGUGCGGCGCGACGCCAGCGAGGAGGAGCUGAAGAAGGCCUAUCGGAAGCUGGCCCUGAAAUGGCACCCGGAUAAAAAUCUGGAUAAUGCCGCAGAAGCAGCUGAACAAUUUAAAUUAAUCCAGGCAGCAUAUGACGUGUUGAGUGACCCUCAGGAAAGAGCAUGGUAUGAUAAUCAUAGAGAGGCCCUACUUAAAGGUGGGCUUGAUGGCGAAUAUCAAGAUGACAGCUUAGAUUUGCUACGCUAUUUCACCGUUACCUGUUAUUCUGGUUAUGGAGAUGAUGAAAAGGGCUUUUACACGGUGUAUCGUAAUGUUUUUGAAAUGAUUGCCAAGGAAGAACUAGAAUCUGUGUUAGAGGAAGAGGUUGAUGAUUUCCCAACUUUUGGAGACUCCCAGAGUGACUAUGAUACGGUAGUCCAUCCUUUCUACGCUUAUUGGCAGAGUUUCUGCACUCAAAAGAAUUUUGCAUGGAAGGAAGAAUAUGAUACACGACAAGCUUCAAACCGCUGGGAAAAACGAGCCAUGGAAAAAGAAAACAAAAAGGUUCGGGACAAAGCAAGGAAAGAGAAGAAUGAGCUUGUCCGUCAGCUGGUAGCUUUCAUUCGUAAAAGAGAUAAAAGAGUGCAGGCUCAUCGAAAACUUGUGGAAGAACAGAAUGCAGAGAAGGCAAGGAAAGCCGAAGAGAUGAGGCGGCAGCAGAAGCUAAAGCAGGCCAAACUGGCGGAGCAGUACAGAGAACAGAGCUGGAUGACUAUGGCGAAUUUGGAGAAGGAGCUCCAGGAGAUGGAGGCACGGUACGAGAAGGAGUUUGGAGAUGGGUCGGAUGAAAACGAAAUGGAAGAACAUGAACUCAAAGAUGGGGAGGAUGGUAAAAACAGUGAUGAGGCUGAGGACGCUGAGCUCUAUGAUGACCUCUACUGCCCAGCAUGUGACAAAUCGUUCAAGACAGAAAAGGCCAUGAAAAAUCACGAGAAGUCAAAGAAGCAUCGGGAAAUGGUGGCCUUGCUAAAACAACAGCUGGAGGAGGAGGAAGAAAAUUUUUCAAGACCUCAGAUUGAUGAAAAUCCAUUAGAUGACAAUUCUGAGGAAGAAAUGGAAGAUGCACCAAAACAAAAAGUCAAGUAUUUGACAUUUCGAUUUAUAUUUGCUCUUAGGCUUUCUAAAAAACAGAAGAAAAAGAAACAGAAACCAGCACAGAAUUAUGAUGACAAUUUCAAUGUAAAUGGAACCGGAGAAGGAGUAAAGCUUGAUCCAGAAGAUACUAACUUAAAUCAAGACAGUACCAAAGAAUUGGAAGAUAGUCCCCAGGAAAAUGUCAGUGUCACAGAGAUCAUUAAACCAUGUGAUGAUCCAAAAAGUGAAACUAAAAGAUACACACACAUAUGUAUACAGAUGAAGAGCAUUGAGAAGAGGAUGCUAGAGGAAUGUGCCCACACACAUCUCAGCAGCAUGGCCAAAAUCAGAAAGAUGUCACUUUGAUCCAGUUCUUGUUUCCCUUAUCCUGCUGUGGUGCUGAUUUUGUCGUGGAUCAUUAACCCUUGACACUCACAUGAGAACAAGACUCCUGCUGCGUCCCUGGAGUGUUACUAACCAAAUCUCCAUGUUCAUGACAGCAGCUUGUGUUGGGCCCCACCAUGUUGUGAGGAUGCAUGGCAGCAGCUGGGGCCUUUCCUGCUUAGGGGAGCCCUGGACUCUUGGUGCUGCACAAGGCCAUGGUGUGGCCUAGGAGGAGGUCUCACUCAAGGGAGGUAGCCAGUCCUGUCCUCUCCUUCCUCCUCUUGUCUGACUUUCUUUUCCACAUCCUCCUCGGUUCCUCUAGAACAGAGAAUCAUUUCUUAUUUCUUGAGGAAAGAUCUGAUAGUGAGGAGCUUCAGGUUUCUGUCAUUACAGAAUCCUGAAAAGAAUAAAAGUGACAGAGCAAAGUGGGAGCAUGAGGUAAAAAUGCUAACACUGGAGCAACAGUGAUGGGGUGGGGGAGUGUGUGUACUUUGGCGUUUAAGGCACUUAGGGGUUUAAGGAAGGAGGAAACAGAUGUGACUGAGGCCUACAAUAUGGCUCUGGCUGUAGAAGAAAAUAUAUAAAGAAUUACACAAACUGGUCAUGUUGAAGCUUUGAAGAACUUUGGAGAGUAGAAGCCUAGAAGGGGAAAUUCAUAUUUAUUUCACUCUGACACCAGGUGCUUGUUCCCUUUCUGCUAAUGGGGAAACUGAAUUUCAGGUUAAUUGUCCAAAGACAAAAGCUGUUGAGUAGAAAGCCUGACACUUCAUUCCAUCUGCCUGACGACUUGAAGGCACCCAGAUCAUCUGGCUCCACGGAGCCUGUGUGUCCUUUGGGAUGGGUGCAAGGGUGGGCCAAGAGGUGGGGCUGUGAGCCUCUGAACCCCUUCUUCAUCUAAAACUAAAAUUUUUCACUUCUUUUCCAUGUUACUUCUUUUUUUUUUUUUCGGAGAUGGAGUCUUGCUCUGUCACCCAGGCUGGAGUACAGUGGCACAAUCUCGACUCACUGCAAUCUCCGCCUCCUGGGUUCAAGCAAUUCUCCUGCCUCAGCCUCCCGAGUAGCUGGGACUACAGUCAUGCACCACCACGCCUGGCUUUUUUUUUGUAUUUUAGUAGAGACAGGGUUUCACCAUGUUACCCAGGCUGGUCUCAAACUCCUGACCUUGUGAUCUACCUGCCUCGGCCUACCAAAGUGAUGGGAUUACAGGCGUGAGCCACCAUGCCCAGCCUCCAUGUUACUUCUACAUGAGAAUUGGUCUGGGGAGGAAGAAGGUUCUCAGACUUGGGCAACCACUGAUAUAGUUCAGCUCUCUCAUUUCACUGAGGUGAGAAAAGGAUUCAGAGAAUUCAAGUGACUUCUUCACAGCUGCAGCAUGGCAGGGCUAAGACAGAUACAUUACACCCACCACCCUCCCCACACUACUCCUGUCCCCUGGAUCCAGGGCCUUUAUGCUGGACUCCUCUGCUGCUUCUCUGGAGUGGUGUGGACACUGGCCACCUACUGAGACAUGUUUUUUUAAAAAAUUGUGUGUGUGUGUGUGUGUGUGUGUUUAGUAUUUCUAAAAAAUAAACGUCUUAGAUAUCAGUUUCAGAGAUGUAACUGUCUUUCAUAUUAUAAGUGAUGUUUGCCAGGAA